AUGUCGUCCGGUUUCGUGUCCGCCGGGACGAACGAGGAGCCUGUGGAGCGUGAUGAUGCUUGGGUAAGGGCGCAGAAGGAGUUGGAGGAGGAGCGACGGCGGAAAGCCGAGGCUGGGCAGCAGAAGGAUGGGAAGAGUCUUUUUGAGGUGCUACAACAGAACAAAAUGGCGAAACAAGAACAAUUCGAAGAGAAAAUGCGACUAAAGAACCAAUUCCGCGCGCUGGAUGAAGACGAGGUAGACUUUCUAGAUUCCGUGCUGGAGUCAACUCGCGCUCAGGAAGAGGCUGUGAAAAAAGAUACGGCCGAUCAGCUGGAGGUCUUCCGGAAGCAGCGUGAGGAGGCGGAGAAGGCGAUGCUGGGGCCUACCACGUCUGAUGUGACUCCUGCGCCUGCGGAGGAGGAGGAUUGGGCUAUUCCGGCGAGGAAGAGGAGGAGGGAUAAGGGGAAGGACUCGUUGAUUCCGGGGAAGAAGCGUAAAGCUUCGCUCACGGAGGGUGGUGAGACUGCGGCGAAGAAUGAGGUAGCAUCUACCAAGGCUACGUCUACGCCUGGGACCAAUGCUCAGAGCCCGAAGACGGCUGGAAAUGCUGUCAAGGCUGUAUCGGAGACGAAGGCACAGUCGAGCAUACCAGAAAAGACUACGACAGAUACCAAGCAGCCAGCUAAACCAGCACCGGCCGGGCUGGGACUGGUAGGAUAUGGAUCAGACUCGGAUUCAGAAUGA